AAUGGAUAGUCAUGAUGGGUUCAUCCCCAUUCUAGCAAUCUUCUACGCGGUGUUUCAUCCGACAGAAGGUACCAAGAUCAUACAUCAAGUUCCAGAAGGGUCGAUAAUAUCGAAUGUUUCGGCAAUCACUGAUAAUUCGUUAUUCAAUUUUGAUACCAUUAAGAAUUAUAUUAUACCUAAACCUCAAUUGUGUAAUAAGUUGAUAUCUUUCAAGAUCGAUAAAUUUCGAGUUUUAGGUUAUCCGGUCAAUAUUGAGAGUGAAGAUUAUGCCCGUAAUUCCUUUAAUUUUAACUUUGGAUUUGUUUUCCCAUACGAUAGUGAUACAACACCAUACGAGCCAGCAAUUAAAAGAAUGGGGAAAAUGUUUAGGGUAUUAGAAGAACAAAGUUUCAUGUUGAGUAAGUUAGAGAAAAAAUUAUCAUUUUAUCCUAGAACCAACGAGUUUAAUAAUAAUAAUACUUCUAAAGGAUUGACUUUUUUCACUCCUGGACACUCAAAGAUCAAGAAAAUCACGUUAUCAUCAAUUGAGUCUCUCAUCCAUCAAAUUUAUCAGGAUCUUAAUAAUUAUUCUGAAUGUUGUAUACCGUUAGACAGUGCCAAUAGUGUUGAUAUUAAGUUGUUCCCAAUAUUACCACCGCCGAUAAACAUCAAGGCUUAUCAAGUUCCCAUAGCCACCGUUAAACUUAAUUCCCUAGUUGAUGUUAACUGGGAUCCGACCAUGCUUAAAAUUCUACCCUAUAUUAACGGAAUCAAUUCGAUUAAAAGAAUUAGUCAGUUAGCUGACGCAGAUUAUUUAUUAACCAAACAGUGCAUACAGCACUUGAUGCAUUAUGGGUGUAUAAGUAUUGCUGAUAUUUUUCAAUUUGGUAAUAUCUAUGCACCAACCAAUAAUAUUGGGAAUUUUUUAAAGUUAAAUGGUAUGGCUGAAGACUGCCAAGCUUAUAUAGUAACGGGAGAAGAAUUUAACACCGCAGAACUAUCAUUAGAGAAUCCAGGUGCCAAUCUGGUUCCAUCGACCACCCCAAAUGGACUUCAUAAAACUGAAGAAGAUGAAGAAAUUAAUAAAUCAAAUGGUAAAACUCAACCAUUGAAAAAAUCGAUUAAAGUACCUUCCAAAGCUACAUUAUUUUUUCUAUAUAGAUCUUUAAAUCAAGGUCAAACCAUCAAGGAAUGGUAUAUUCAGCAUCGGAAAAAAUUGGCAGAUAUUGAUAUAAGACGGUUUAUAAAUUUCGGAAUGUUAAGAGGAAUAAUAUAUCGAGUCCAUUCAUAUCCAAUGGUGGGUUCAUUGAUUAAAGCUGUUGAACGGAAAAAUGACGAAGAAGUCGAAUCAAUAAUAGAUCAUGCAAUUAAACUGGUGGGGAAUCAAACUCGAUCAGAUAGCAAUAGGAAAGAAUCAUUUGGAGAGCUGAUAAGAAGAAUGCAUCGAAAUAGUAGCAAUGCCAAUGAAUCAGGAGAUAAAAAAUUAUUGCAAAAUAUGGUUAAUGCUACUAAUUUGACUACAAUUACUGGUAAAAAUGUUAGAAAAGUAAGUUUUGGAUAUAACGUUGACCGACCAAAUCGAGGCUUUCAAAUGAUGAAACCAUUAACCACUGAUGACGAUGUGAGCGAACUGGGGAGCGAAUUCAUCAGCGGUAGUGAAAACGCCCUUGAAAGUGAUGACAACGACGAAGAAGAUGAAUCCGAUGAUGAGCUGAUAAAUCAUCUGUUUGAGAGUUAUGAUGAUGAUAGUGAAUAUAGUGAUGACGAUGAACGAGAAGAUAUGGUAAAACUCAUCAAAUUGUUGAAAGGGUACCAGAACAUGGACUCUAUCUGCACCGAGCUCUGUAAGUCCCGAAAUGAAGUUGAAAACAUGAUAGCUAAACUAGGUUCUUAUAGUAUAGUGAAUAGUUGAAUCCGGGUAACCAUCAUUUACAAAGGACACCCAUACACCAACAAGGUUGCAACCUUCACGCAAUGUCAUUUUUUUUUUCUCAAUUGUUU